UUUGCCGGAUGUAGGUGUCUGGAUCUGCAGUGGCCAUGGCGGAGGUCAGCGGCUGUUUGAGGAGCGGAGCACACAAACUCUCUGUCGCUAUAACACUACGGAGACGUUAUCAUCAUCUGUCCGCGGCGGAUGAGUUUACGAGCCCUGCCGGUUCUGACAGGACUCACGGAGUGACCAAACAACCGCGGAUCCGAGGCUACCGCACCGGACCGCGCGAGGAGCACCGGAGCCCAACCGCCUACUACGACAUCCUGAGGGUUUCGCCGAGCGUCACGCCAGCGCAGAUCAAGAGCGCCUAUUAUAAACAGUCCUUCAUCCAUCACCCGGACCGGAACCGGAACCGCAGCGAGGACGCGGCGCGGCUCUUCGCGCUCGUCGCUGAAGCCUACAGUGUGCUCGGCGACAGCGGCCUCCGGAGGAAGUACGACCGCGGGAUACUCAACCGGACCGACGUGCAGAGCGCCGGGAGACCGUCGACGCCUCGCCGCGCCCCUGACGCGAGCGCUCACUUCGACUUCGACGCGUUCUAUCAGGCGCAUUACGGCGAGCAGCUGCAGAGAGAGCAGCAGAUGAGACGCAGGCGAGAGCAGACGCGCCGCCAGCAGCAGCAGCAGCAGCAGCUCAGGGCCUGGAGACGGAUGAAGAUGAACGAGGUCACGGUCGCCUUCCUGCUGCUCUGCGGAGGCGGCAUUCUUAUCAGCCUGAGGUCUUGAAUCAGCGUCGACGAGGUUUGAUCGUAAAUGCUUCGUAGACAUGAACUCCGUUAACCGUGGAAGAAGAAGCAUUUCGGCCGUCUGAGACACAUUUUGUGAAUCCUAGAAAAUGCAUCAUAAAUCUGUAACUGAUUAAUGACCAUUGCCAUCAAAGUUCACCUGCUAUGAGGUUAAUUUUUAAUAUACACUACCAGUCAGACAGUUUUGAACGGUGAGAUUUUUCAUGUGUUUAAAGAAGUCUCUUCUGCUCGGCAAGCCUGCAUUGAUUUGAUCAGAAAUACAG